UGUCUUCCUUAUAAGCUGUCUUGUUCAUAAUGUUCUUCCUAUUCAGUAUUGAUACUCAGAGAACGAAAGAAAUCGACCCCAAACAUUUACUCUCAUGACGUAAGCGAAAACGAUACAACUUGACCUCUCGCCAUUUACUUCCUGGAAAAAGAAAAGGAUGUGAGUCACCAAUACAGAACAUAUCGGUCAGAGAUGAUACAUUAUCUUGUACAGUUGUUUCGAUUUCACUGUGAACGUGACCCUAGCGAAAGCACGGGUUGUACUCGGACAAUGACGUCACAGCCACGCCACUUCCUCUCGUCUACUCGGUCGCCAACUUACAAAAUAAUUAAAUUGUCUUCAGUAAAGAGGUGUAACAUUCAAAAACCACCAUGGAAAACGGUGAAAUAAACAUAGUGGUGGAAGAACCUAGGGAGGAGGAGGAGGGAGAGGGAAAGAACGAGGCAACAAAUGAAGAAACAGAAGAGGAACAAGGGAUAGAACCAAGAGAACGGGAAAUUUCCCAGCUUAGUCCCAGAGACAGAAACACUUUGUCUUCAUCACCGCAUAGUUUUAAUGAACGCACUCCUCUCUUGGGUGUGUCAGCUCCUCAGGGAGGAUUGUACUCAAGCUCAUGGUCCACAACUGUUGGACCUUCUCCAUAUACUUCUGACAACAAACCAAAGAGACGACCAUUUCAUCGCCCAUCCGUAGGAAGUAUGGCCAGUGAGGUAACCAGUCCUGAACGGAGAGAGAGCGAAAACUUAGAUAGACAACUAUAUACUCGUUACCGUUAUUACUCACGGUUAAGAGCUUCAGUCCAAGCGAGUGAACAUGCCUUGGUGAUUCCAGACCAUAUUGUCCCUCCGGAGUUAUUCUUGCCAUAUAUACCUGGACAUGUGAGAGAUGCUGAUGGGAAGCAGUCAUCAUAUAUCACAAUCAUUGCCAUUUGGAACACAAUGAUGGGGACCUCACUCAUGACAAUGCCAUGGGCCUUUGGGCAAGCAGGCUUUGUGGGUGGCAUAAUCAUCAUGCUGGGAAUGGCUGGGAUUGCACUGUACACUGCCAUUCGCUUGCUUACAUUGCAGAAGACUAUGGGCUUAGAAGGCCCCUCACUAGAACUCAGCCGUCUCUGCUGGCAGCUUCUAGGAGGAACGCUAGGCAGACUAACGGAAGGCCUAACCGUCACUUUCUCCGUAAUAACUUUGGUGGGAGCUCAGGUUGUGUACUGGGUUCUUAUGUCAAAUUUCCUCUUUAACACUGGAGAGGUGAUAUAUGAUACAAUCCAUGGUGAGAUCCACAAUGACUCAUCCAGUGCAGUGCUUUGCCCGCCCAACAUUACCAAUGACGAAAACAUUAAAGGCCCAGAACCCAGUGAGUUCCACAAAUGGUGGCAACAAGACCUGACUGUGCCAUUGUACUUACUCGUUCCCUUCGUCUUUGUGCUGAACCUUCGAGAUGCCAAGAUCUUCACCUAUUUCAACUCUUUAGGUGCCAUCUCUGUGUUAGUCAUGUACCUGUUUGUAAUCAGUAAAGCUGCAACGUGGGGAAUUAACAUUAAUUUUACUGAUGUCACCAGUGAUUUUUAUGUGCCCCUGUUCAAGAGCUCAUUCAUGUGUCUGACCGGAACAUUAUCGCUUGCUUACUUCAUUCAUAACUGUGUUGUUACUAUCAUGCAAGGUAACAGACACCAGGAAAACAAUGUUCGCGACCUGAGUAUUGCCUACAUCCUCGUAGCUCUGACAUACAUUCCAAUUGGUGUUCUCUUCUACUCUGCAUUCCCCAUGCCUAAGUAUUGUGUAGUUGAUAAUUUCUUGGACAACUUUCCCCCACAUGACGUGGUUCUGGCUGUUGUGCGUGGCUUCCUGUUCUUCCAGAUCUUGACUGUGUAUCCCUUGUUAGGGUUCUUUAUCCGAAAUCAGCUGUUCACAUACUUCAUGGGACCAUCAUAUGAGUACAGGCUUUGGCAGGUGUUCUUACUAAACACAUGUCUUCUGACAAUGUCUGUGUUGGUGGCUAUCUUCUACCCAAAUAUUGGAUUCAUUAUCAGAUGGGUUGGUGCAAUAUCUGGCUUAGCUUAUAUCUUCAUGUUGCCAUGCGCGACGUACAUGUAUGCUCUCUACACUCAAGACAAGCUCCAGUGGUAUCAUUGCAUAAUUCACUUUGCAAUUAUUUUCAUUGGCAUUGGCAAUUUCAUAUCCCAAUUUUUGCUGGGUUAAUUAAGACUUGAUUCUGUUUCAAUAAUUUUGUUUUUUUAUUUUUGUAGUGUUGUUUGUUUGUUAUUAGUUAUUAUUAUCAUUAUUAUUAUUAUUAUUAUUGUUAUUAUUAUUAUUAUUAUUAUUAUUAUUAUUAUUAUAUUAUUAUUAUUAUUAUUAUUAUUAUUAUCAUUAUCAUCAUUACUGUUAUAUUUCAGGUCUUUCUUAUCAUUUGUAUCUGUACUGUGGUAAUUCAGAUACUAUGAACUUAUAAUGCCCAAAACAUUUUUCUAUGGCAAAGUAUGGAUGAACUGUACAUUUCAGAGGAUUCUGAGCAGAUGUUUAAUGUGAUGUUUUAACUAGAGAAGUGAACUGUUUUUGUCACCAGCUAGGAGUGGUUGGGGAGUGAUGGCUGGUUCAACACUCUUUGUCUUUGCAAAUACCAACAGGUCAGGAGGAGUAGAAAUAGGAUUCAAAGGCUUCAUCUACCCUAGGAUAUAGUCAUGCCCUUCCCUGGGCAUAGGAAUCUAAAGCUACCACUAUUGCCACAAAUGGCACAGACACGAGGCUAGAGCCAUGGUUUUGGCAGUGUUUGCAGUUAGUUAUCAAUGAUUACCUGUAAAUCAUGAUGUAAGAAUUUGCACAGAAUUGUAAGACAUGUAAUAGCUUAGCAAAAUUUAAGUGAAGUCCAUAUAUUGUUAUGUUUGACAAACAAGUUGCAGAUAUCUUAAUCUGAAGGCUAGGUAAACAGUAAUGGUGGUAACUAUGUAGGAAUCUGAGUCUUGCCUUAGUAUUUGUAAAACGCAGAUAACGGUGGCACCACGUGCGGGCACUUCCUUGCCACCACAAAGAUUUUCAUGAUUGUGCUUUAGGUUGUAAUUACCCGUGGAGAUAAAUUGCUAUGGAACUUUAUAUUCAGGGUUUAUAUAUUAGCAUAAGGAUCAGUGCAUCAAGAUCAGGUGAUUUUUUUCUCCAUGCUUGUUUGAAUUGAGUGAGAAAAACAAAUCUUUAAAAGUGUAUCCCAUAAGUGAUGUAGUUGAAUUUACUAUGGUAGAGAUGCAUAAGUGAUCAAUCAGAACUGCACUGUAGGUUGUAAUGGGGGAAGCUUGGAAGAAAGGAUGUUUGUUCCUGUAUUAAGGAUGACAUUGUCAUUUAUGUAUCUACAGAUAUGAGUGGCAAUGCAAAGAAAGUAAAUUUAAUUGACUUAAUUUUUAUUUGCAGUGGCUAUUUAAAUAGUAUGAAUACUUGUAAAGUUAACAUUGUGCAUCUUGCAGUGCUCAUGUGUAAAUGACAAGACGUGACAGGAUAGCAUGUCAUUCUAUAUACUCUAUACUGUUGCGCUGAGAAGAAGCAGAGCCUUAUCCAAUAGUAUAUAAAAGUGUCCAACAUCCCCUGUAGUGAUGGUAGAGAGAUGACAUUAUAAUAUUUUAUUUUAACUUUUAGAAUGAGAAAGAUUAUCAUAACAAGAUGAAGAGGUACUCCCUGCUUCUAGUCAGUCAUAUAUUAUAAUAGUCACAAACUAAGAAUAGCAAUCACUUGAAAUUAUAUUUGGCCUUGUUGUUAUAGAUAUUAGUGUAUAUUUAUACAGAUUUUUAUUUUUAUGUAAUGUGUACCAUGGGUGCAUCAAUUAUACUUCUUUGUAACAAUUUCAGAUAUUUGUAAUACACUAAAAAGUGAUACAAAAACCUUCCAAGAAUAUUGAUGUUAUACACUAAAAAGUUUUUAAAAAUUUUGUGAAUAUUAGCAGUCGAGGGUUUACCAUAUUCUUUUCUUUUUUUAUAUAUCUGAGCAGUAUCCAAAGAAAUUCCAUAAGCUAUUAUUCAGAUAGUAUUAGGUGUUGUGAUUAGAUUACUACAUUUUGAUAUUUAUAUAUAUGUAUAUAUAUGAAUGUAUUGCUAAAUCUAUCAGUUUUUUUUUCUUUUCUUUUCUUUUCUUUUCUUUUCUUUUCUUUGAACUCUGCCUAUCAUUUGAAUGGUAAGGUUAAGAAUACUUCAGAUCAAAAAUAUUUUUAUAUAUAUCUAAGGAGAAAAGUCGUCUUGGAUCAAGUGCUCAAAGUAUUAUCCCUGUUGUACUUCACAUAGGUUCUGUACCUUAAUUAAGAGGAGAGACAUAUGGCAGAUAAGUGUGAAUGGCACCUGUGAACUCAGUGGUAUAAUGUAGUAACAUGUCCAACAACACAAGCAUUUAAGUAGUCAGUGUCGCUGUAGUAUUUAAUGGAGAAUUCAUGCAGUACCAUAGUAAACUUUCUCAGCGAUUUUUAUAUAAUGGUUUCUUUUGGUUCAUUAUACAAUACUUUCAUAUUAUAAAUGUAGGCUUUGUUUUUACUAUGCAAAAAAAGUAUGUCUUAUUAGGUAUCCCUAGCCUGAAAGUUUUCUUCAUUAAUGUUUCCGAGUAUUUUAACAUUCAGUGAAUAUCUAUAGCAGUUUGAUACCUGUAAAAGUAUUUUAAAAGAACGUGAAUUUUUUUUUCAUUUGAAUUGAUCUUGAUAAUUUAUUGAAAGUGAAUAUUUUGCCCUUUCAACACUGAUGAUUAAUCUAUGAUAGUAAAUUUGAUUUAUGGUCCGCUGUAGAAAGGAAUUAUUGACUGACAUAAUGAAAAUUUUGUAAUUUGAAGAGGUGAUGAUACAUUCUCACACAUGUUAUUUGUAUUGACCAUGUAAACAAUGUGAGCAUUAGAUAUAUAGAAAAGUACUGUAUCCUUUAUUUUUUGCAUGAUAGCUGUAUGUUCCAUCCCAGUAUGAUACAGGAAUCUCAAAUUUUAUUUGUAAAAUAUGUGAUUUAGAAGGCUGUUUUGUGUAAGUAGAUUUAAGAGAAGAUGAAAUGUGAUUUUGUGCCUUUAUGUUAUAUGUAAAUCAGGAAAUCUUGAAUCUUGGUAUACGUCAAAAGAAAUAUAUAUAUACAUAAAUAUAUAUGUAUAUAUGUAACAAGUAGAGAAUUCUUGUGCCGGGGAUACAGAUUCAAUUUUUAUCAAUCUAAUGUAUCUUUUUCCCAGUAAAUGUGCUGUAAUUGAUGAUAAUCCUGCAUAAUAUAUGUUGCACUGCUGUCCACCAUAUCCAUUGUAAAAGCUUCAAAGGAAAUAAGUGGCCUUGUGUUGCAAGUGAUUGUGUGGUAAUUGUGAUAUAUCAAAUAUUGUAGAAUUACUUUACAACUGAAGUAGACAAUUGAUGUACACAAAAAUAGACUCAAAUUCAGGACAGGGAAUUAUCUUGAUUUGAAAAGAUAUUCAGUUAGUUUUUGUUCAGUUGAUUUUUUUUCAUAUGAAGCACAACUUUUCAUUUACAAUAAUUUGAUUAUUUAGACAAUAGACAGAACACCCUAUAUAAGAGAAUGUGGAGGAUUUGUUUCUUACUUGUUUAAAGUGGUGUCCAUUUUCACUUUAUGUAAUAAUACAUUUAUGGUAUUUAUUUGUUAAUCUAAGAAUUUUAGGUUCAGAGGACCUAUGUCUCUUGAGUCCUUGUUUUAAUAACAUAAGCCAAGA